UAGGGCCGCACCCGUGGCAUAUGGGGUUCCCAGGCUAGGGGUCAAGUCGGAGUUACAGCUGAAGCCUAUACCACAGCCACGGCAACGUGGGAUCCGAACUGCGUCUGUGACCGACACCACAGCUCACAGCAACGCCCGAUCCUUAACCCACUGAGCAAGGCCAGGGAUUGAACCCACAACCUCAUGGUUCCUAGUCGGGUUCGUUAACCACUGAGCCACCAUGGGAACUCCAGAUUUUACUUUUCACACCCGGAAUCUCCUCUGGGGAUUCUGGUUCAAGCAGGUCCAGGGUCUGGAAACCUGUUUUCUUUUUACUUCUCAACAGGUCCUGGUAUAUCAAGGUUUCCUGGGGGCUUAAAGAUUAUGCGGCAUAGCCCUCCCCCAGCAGGGCACUCCCAGGGCACCCCUCCAGGAGGAAAGGAGCCACUCUAGUCCUCCAGAGGGGGCAGGGGGACUGGUGGGAAAACAGAACAUUGGCUUUGGUCCCAGACAGAGCAGAACAGAUCCCAGCUCUUCCCCUACUAGCCAUGCAACACAGGACCACCUCUCUGGGCUUCCACUCGUUUCCACAUCUACAAAGUGGGGCAAUGACACUCAUAUCACAGUGUGGUUGUGAGCUGUAACCCAGCCAAGCCCCAGUACAGUGUCAGACCCCAAGUGACAGCAGGAACACACAGGUGGGCUCUGCCCAAAGCACGGUCCCUGUGCUAUGAUUUGAUCCUUGCACUGUUGGCACAGGAGGUAUUACAGGGCAGAAACAGAGGCCAGGGCAGAAACAUGGAGUGAGUUACCCAAGUGCCACCGGUGGUACAGGGCAGAAGGGCAUUCUAUUCUAAGCCACCCUGGCCACACCCCAGAGGGGUGCCCCAGGUUAUCUGAAGGUGGGGGCUUCGUGAAUAAGAACCGCUGCCCUGAAAGAGCUUGCCUUGCGGGCUGGUGCCGAGGUGUGGUGGGAGGAUCCCUGGCAGUAGGGGACACCCAAAUUAGGAGCUUCCCAGGAGGUGUGCUGCUCAUGCUAAACAGGCUGGCGUUAGGACAGAGCUGCUUCCUUCUCCUGGGGCCUCUGGCUCCAGUGGGGAUGGGGAUUAGGGGCCGCAAGGGGAAAACCGACACUGCACCUUUGAUUAGCACUCCCAUGUUAGAGGGGCUGGCCGGAAAAUAAGGGUACUGAGGCUGGGAAGUGGGAGGGGGCAGCGCCCAGGACCCAGGCUCGGUCUGAGGAAGCCGGCUGGUUCCUAGUGGGCAGGCAGAGACCCGGGCCCUGGGCCCAAGGGGGUGCUGCCUUGUCCUGCCUGCACCCCCACCCUGGCCAAGGACCCCGUCUGAACUCUCACCUCUGCUCGGUGGGGCUGCCCCAAGGCCUCAUUUCCCAGCCUGACACAUUGGCAGGCAGAGGCAGGCUCGGGCCAGGGGAGCAGGAGCCACUGGCUUCGGCACUUGUCAAAACACAGGCCCCAAAAGUGUGAAGUCCUCACCCCAGCAGGAGGGCGUGUGGGCCCUGCCGCCUGGAGAACUCAUUAACUGGGGCAGCUCCCUAAUGAAGCCACUGGAGAGGCUGGUGAUAAGAUCAAAGGUGAGAGAGGAAUGGGGAAGGGCAAGAGGGAGCCUGGCUGACAGGAGGGGGUAGAGCCCAGCUCCAGGUUGGGGGUUCCCUCCUCUGCCCCCACCUGGCUUUAUCAGGCUCAUUCACCAUCACCCUUGCACACCCUGGGCCCUGAGACUCUGAAGGCAACGGGACUCCCACAUGGCCCCUCCAGUUUGCUGCCAAGGCAGCCCUUGGGGCUCAAAGACCCAAAGAUUGGGGGUGGGUGGGGACCCUCCCAUCUGUUCUGCCUCUGUCAUGCCAGUUUUGGGGUUUGUCUCUACAGGCACCCAUGGGUCUUUUUAACCCUCUCAGCCCUAUCAACCGGAGAGCCUCCUGUCAUGCACCACUCAGAGUGUCCCUCUCACGCUCCAGGACUCUGUGACUCCCACGUAAGUGAGCAAUGCAUGUCGGAUCCCAGAUCCGAGAAUCCUCAGGGGCCAGAGCUGUGCUUUUUAAGAUAAAGUCUGCCACCUACACAUGGCCCCUUGUCCAAAAAAUGUUGGGUGACUUUGUGUUUAAUAAAAAUUCACUUCAGAGCAUAGUUGCCCACAAGCCAUUAAUGGCCUUUUCCUCUGGACGGGAACUUGGAGGGCUCAGAGGUAGGAUAAGAAAGAUUUGUUAGACCCUCUGCAGUUGUUCAUUCUCUUGACUUUUUAGUCACCUGUGUAUAUUCUAACUUCAAAUAGAGACAUGACAAUAAAACAAAAGGUGGCUGAUCACCUUAGGGGGUUUUGGUCAUUCUGAGUUUUCUCAAUAAAUUAGCUACAAAGUGGAAAUCAGAAUCACUCGCAAGAACAGGAAGGAUUUUUUUCUGACGUUCAGAGGUUGGCCACAGAGACCCCGACCCACCUGCCUGUCUAGUUUUUACUCUGCACCCCUCCUGCCUGGGUGCACAACCAGUUCCCACUCUUUGUUAGCUGCAGUCCAGUGGGAUCAAAGGGGACUUCGCUGUGCUCCAAUGCCAAGUUUUUGGCCUGGAUCUGGAACCCCAGGAAGGCAUCUAUUGGCCAGGGUCCAGAAGGGGUAGACUGUGCUGACAGCUGUAGGCCAAGGAGGGUCCUCCUGGACCAGCUUCUCCUUGGGGGUAGAUGGAUCCUGUGGCAUGUGCCCUUGGAGUGGGUUCCUCUCCUUCUCCCCAAGGGUGAGUUGGCACUGCCACUCCCAGGUGUGACCAUGGGCACAAGCAUCUGGGGCUGCUGGGAGGGGACAUAGGUGUUAGAGGAGGCCAAGGGCAGUAGAAGUAAAAAGGGACAAGGAGAAGGGGGCGGUGGUGAAUAGAGAUGCCCAGAUAGACGCUUGGCUUUCUUUGCUUCAAACCAGCUCACCCAUCAGUCUCACAGAACUGGAAACUCAGGGGGUGGGGGUGGGAGUAUGCAAACACUAGACCCCCAACGCUGAGAGAGACCCUGGAUACCACUUCUUUUGAAGACAUGAUACCAGACACCAUGUACUUAACAAUCUAGCUGGAGAGCAGACAGCUAUGCAUGAAGUAGCUAUUGUGACAAGGUACAAACUCAAACCCCCUGAGGAGUCAGGCAGGCAGUGUAGAUGUCCUGAGAUUUCCUAUGUGGACAGUCAUGUUGUCUGUAAAUAGUUCAUUUCUUCCUCCCCAGUCCGUAAUGCCUUUUAUUUCUCUUCCUUUAUUGCACAAGCUGGACACCCCCCCCCCAACUGCACCCCUGCAGGUGUCGUUAGAGGCCCACAUCCUCACCUUGUUCUCAGUAUUAGGGAGAAAUCUUUCAGUUUUAUUAUGAUGUUAGCUAUAGCUUCUUUUAUCAGACUGAGAAAGUUCUCCUCUAGUCUGAGUUUGCUGAACAUUUUUUAUCAUGAAGGGGUGCUGAAUUUUGUUAAUUUUUUUCUGCGUCGUUUCCACUCACAUUUCAUUGGCAAAGCCCGUUAUACUUGCCCCAAAGUGGCAGAAUACCAGCUGCUAGCCAGUGGUAGCAGCUGUGGCCCCAGGCUAAGUCCCUGAUCCUGCCAGGAGGAAGGUGUCCCGGAGGGCGGAAGAAUCCCCUCCCUGGGCUCAGAUGGUCCGGCACCCUGGGCUCAGAUGGUCCGGCACCCUGACCAGAUUCUGCCAGUUUGUUGCAUCCGCCUGGAGUAACUUCCUUUCAGCAUCCCUCCCAUUCACCACCACCAGGGAAGGGCGCAUCUAGGGCCAGCCGGCCUCAGAGGAGGAACAGGUUACUGUGCCUCUGGCCUCUGCGCCCCACUGCCAGUCCCCACUGCAAGUCCACGGACCUGGCUGCAGUAUGCCCUGAGGCCUCCUUAUACAAACUGGAAAGGAAGAUUCAAGAAAAGUGAAGAAUGUGCCUCAGGUCCCCACAGGUAAAGGCAGCUCCAAACCUACGUACUGGACUUCCAGGUCCCUGACGUCGCUUCCUUUAGCCUCCUGGGCUGGGCCAACACUCGGACAGCGCGGGCCACUGGCACGGGAAGAAGGCCUGCGUGUCUGGGUCAGGUGCCCAUGCGCGGGCCCAGGUGUGACCAACCUGGCGCAGCCAACGGGCCCCGCACCUUCGCGCCCUCCGUUGGUUCAAAGGGUCAAGCCCCGCCCCCUUCAGGCCCCGAGCCCGCUUUGAAGUGCUGAUGUGGCCUGGAAGGGGCCACUUCACACCUCGCGGUCGGGAUAAAGCGGUCGCCCGCCGCCAGUCCCCAGACACGCCGCCGCUGCCAUGGCCCAGUCCCUCUGCCCGCCGCUCUCAGAGUCCUGGGUCCUCUCCGCGGGCUGGGGCCCAGCUCGGCCGCCGCCGACCGCCGACAGGGACUGCGGUUGCUCCCCCGCCUCGUCCCCGGACUCCUGGUGCAGCGCCCCGGCCAGCAGUCCUGUGCCCAGUCCCGGGAGGCCCUUCGCCCGCGCGGCCCUCCGCGCCCAGCCUGCGGGGAGGCGCGGCGCGCGGGGCGGUCGCCUGGGCAGCGGGCAGCGGCAGAGCGCCAGCGAACGCGAGAAGCUGCGCAUGCGCACGCUCGCCCGCGCGCUGCACCAGCUGCGCCGCUUUCUGCCGCCCUCCGUGGCGCCCGCCGGACAGAGCCUGACUAAGAUCGAGACGCUGCGCCUGGCCAUCCGCUACAUCGGCCACCUGUCGGCCGUGCUGGGCCUCAGCGAGGAGAGCCUGCAGCGCGAGCGCCGGCGACGCGGCGACGUGGUGCUGCCCCGGGGCUGCCCGCGGUGCCCCGACGGCGGCCCCGCGCAGGCGCAGACGCAGACGCAAGCGGGCGGCCUGGGCCGCAGCUCAGCCGCCGGUGCUCCGACGUCUUGGGGGUCUCCUUCUGUCUGCCCGGGAGCCCUCGCUACGUGCGACCCGCCGCAGCUCUACGACGAAGCUGCAUGCCCGGAAGGGCCUGCGAUGGAGCCAGACCCCUCCUCUCCGCUCCUUCCCGGCGACGUACUGGCCCUGCUGGAGACCUGGAUGCCCCUCUCGCCACUGGAGUGGCCGCCGGCCUGAGCAGUUGACGUGACGGUGGAAUAUUGGCCCCCUGUUCCGUUAGCACCGACGCCUUUUUGGCCUCCGCGCCUUCGAAGCCGUCCCUUUCUAGACUCCCUUUCCUGGAAGAGGGCAAGGGCAUUGCUGAAAGUAAGGGCCUGACCCCACCUAGGACGGACUCCCCCACUCCUCCCAGAAUGGAGGGCCCCAGAGGGUAAACACUUUGAGGCAAGCAGGAGGCUCUGCCUAGUAUGUAUUUAUUUAUUUGUGAAUAAACUUUGUGCUGGUUUCA